AUGUCCAUUCAAGUUGAGCACCCUGCUGGUGGUUACAAGAAACUGUUUGAAACUGUAGAGGAACUGUCCUCACCACUCACAGCUCAGGUUACAGGCAGGAUCCCACUCUGGCUUACCGGCAGUCUCCUUCGAUGUGGGCCUGGACUCUUUGAAAUUGGAUCUGAGCCAUUUUACCACCUGUUUGAUGGGCAAGCCCUCUUGCACAAGUUUGACUUUAAAGAAGGACACGUCACAUACCAUAGAAGGUUCAUCCGAACUGAUGCUUAUGUACGGGCAAUGACUGAGAAAAGGAUUGUCAUAACGGAAUUUGGUACCUGUGCAUUCCCAGAUCCCUGCAAGAAUAUAUUUUCCAGGUUUUUUUCUUACUUUCGAGGAGUGGAGGUUACUGACAAUGCCCUUGUUAAUAUCUACCCAGUGGGGGAAGAUUACUAUGCGUGCACAGAGACCAACUUCAUUACAAAGAUUAAUCCUGAAACCUUGGAGACAAUUAAGCAGGUAGAUCUUUGCAACUACAUCUCAGUCAAUGGAGUUACUGCUCAUCCCCACAUUGAAAGUGAUGGAACUGUUUACAACAUUGGUAAUUGCUUUGGGAAAAAAUUUUCAAUUGCCUACAAUAUUGUAAAAAUUCCUCCAUUACAAACAGACAAGGAAGAUCCAAUAAGCAAGUCAGAGGUCAUCGUACAAUUUCCCUGCAGUGACCGAUUCAAGCCAUCUUAUGUCCAUAGUUUUGGUUUGACUCCCAACUAUAUUGUUUUUGUGGAGACACCAGUCAAAAUUAACCUCUUAAAGUUCCUCUCUUCGUGGAGUCUUUGGGGAGCCAAUUACAUGGAUUGCUUUGAGUCCAAUGAAACCAUGGGGGUUUGGCUCCAUAUUGCUGACAAAAAUAGAAGAAAAUAUAUUAAUAACAAAUAUAGGACCUCUUCUUUUAACCUCUUCCAUCACAUCAACACCUAUGAAGACAAUGAAUUUCUGAUUGUGGAUCUCUGUUGUUGGAAAGGGUUUGAAUUUGUCUAUAAUUAUUUAUAUUUAGCCAAUUUACGUGGAAACUGGGAAGAGGUGAAAAAAAAUGCUAGAAAUGCUCCGCAGCCUGAGGUUAGAAGAUAUGUACUUCCUCUAAAUAUUGACAAGGCUGACAAAGGCAAGAAUUUAGUCACUCUCCCCAAUACCACUGCCACUGCAGUUCUGUGCAGUGAUGAGACCAUCUGGCUGGAACCUGAGGUUCUCUUUUCAGGACCUCGCCAAGCAUUUGAGUUUCCUCAAAUCAAUUACCAGAAGUAUGGUGGGAAACCUUACACAUAUGCAUAUGGACUUGGCUUGAAUCAUUUUGUUCCAGACAGGCUCUGUAAACUGAAUGUCAAAACUAAAGAAAUUUGGAUAUGGCAAGAGCCUGAUUCAUACCCAUCAGAACCCAUCUUCGUUUCUCACCCAGAUGCCCUGGAAGAAGAUGAUGGUGUGGUUCUGAGUGUGGUGGUAAGCCCUGGAGCAGGACAAAAGCCUGCUUAUCUUCUAAUUCUUAAUGCCAAGGAUUUGAGUGAAGUUGCCAGAGCUGAAGUGGAGAUUAACAUCCCUGUCACCUUUCAUGGGUUGUUUAAAAAAUCCUGAGCACAUUUUAGUAUGAUAUGUUU